CGGGUUCCGGGUGACGUGAUGAGGAAAUGAUUCAUGCUUCUCCGAACGUCGUCGACCCGCAAGGAAGAGAAACUAUCAUCAGACCGGAUUCUUCAUCCGCCCCAUCACCGGGCACGUGGUGGUUCCAGCGCGAAACAACGGACCAACACCGGGAGCAUCAGGAACAGCGCGGGUAUAGCACCGGCUGCCUGGUGGAAGCCAUUUACAACACCGCCCUGCUUUAUCUGCAAGAAACGCUGGAUCACAUCGCCCUAGUGUUACUGGCCUACAGCAUACUAUGCAUCGUACUGUACCGCGUACUGUUUCACCGUGCGGCUGGCUCUGCGUGGUACGGCAGAUGGCUGGUGCGCCGCAGUCAUCUGCCACCGUGCAAUCGGGCCCUGCUCGUGACGGCCCAUCCCGAUGACGAAGUGAUGUUCUUCGGUCCCACGAUACUAGAGCUGCGGCGCCGGCAAUGUCGCGUGUUUGUCCUCUGCCUGUCCGAAGGCAAUCACGACCGUAAGGGAGCGAUCCGGCGCCAGGAGUUGUGGGAUGCGUGCGAAAGUUUGGGUGUACGGCCCGAGGAUAUUACGCUGGUGAACGCAACGCACCUGCAGGACGAUCCGACCGCCGAAUGGAAAACGGUUACGAUCGCCAAUCAGCUACUCCGUCAGCUGGAAUCGCUUGACGCGGAACUGCUGAUCACGUUCGACAAGGAGGGCGUCAGUGGACAUCCGAAUCAUUGUGCAAUUUACUAUGCGACCGCGUCGCUGUGUCUUUCCGGGAUGAUACCGAGCAAUUGUAAAGUAUUAACAUUAGAAACGGUGAACCUAUGCCGAAAAUAUUUGUCAAUAUUUGAUCUUCCGGUAACGUUGCUACUGUCGACCAAUUGGGUAAUUCUAAGCUGGAGGGCUCGGCGCUCUGUACAGAAUGCGAUGCGUCUACACAGCUCGCAAAUGGUGUGGUUUCGCAAGCUGUACAUAAUCUUCUCCCGCUACAUGGUGAUCAACUCAUUGCGCGAAAUCAACAAGACCGACGUGGAGUUCGAAAUACUGGACACCUAAACAAGUA